CUCUGUACAAGUUCAUCAAUAUUUUGUUCUCAACAAACUUCAUCAAAAGAAGAAAAUCUGCUCAUCAUGUCUGGACGUGGAAAAGGAGGCAAAGGACUCGGAAAGGGAGGCGCCAAGCGCCACAGGAAGAUUCUUCGUGACAACAUCCAGGGAAUCACCAAGCCCGCUAUCCGUCGUCUUGCUCGCCGUGGUGGUGUCAAGCGUAUCUCUGGACUGAUCUAUGAAGAGACUCGUGGUGUCCUGAAGGUAUUCCUUGAGAAUGUCAUCCGUGAUGCUGUCACCUACACUGAACACGCCAAGAGAAAGACUGUGACUGCCAUGGAUGUCGUCUAUGCUCUGAAGAGGCAAGGACGUACUCUCUAUGGAUUCGGCGGUUAAAUCUCAACUCUCUAAAUUCAACAAAAAGGCUCUUCUAAGAGCCACCACUAUUCAAAUUGAUUUCACUUCUUUUCUAUCUUAUUUACUUCCAUUUUCUAUUUUGUGUUCCUUCACAUGAAAAUAAUAUUAUUGCAAAUUGAUGAAA